UGGAGAAGAAAGAUUAUCGACAAAUUCUGAAUAACUUCGACCUCCCCUCGAAUACCCAUCCUACAUCGACAAAAUGGGUCACCCAGCAGGUCUCCGCGCCGGUACUCGGGUGAGUCCUCAAAUUUUUCAAUUGUAGCCCUCUGAGAGGAUUUCUACGGCCACGGCUUCGAACUCGAUGAUGCGACGAUGUUGUGAAGUUUCCGAGCAAUAACUAAUUCAUUUGCAGUAUGCAUUCAGCAGAAACUUCAAGGAUCAUGGUAUGAUCAAGUUGUCGACCUACUUGCGCCAAUACAAGUAUGUAGAAGUCCAAAUCCUGCGAAGUUCACUUUGUCGCAAAAUACUAACACAUUCACAGGGUCGGUGACAUUGUUGAUAUCAAGGCAAACGGUGCCGUCCAAAAGGGGUUAGUGAAAAUCAUCAAUUACACCUGUACAUUCUAGGAGGAAUUGAAAUAGCGUUCUGCGAGUAGAGGGAUUAUGGAUCUGGAGGACGAGCUUAUAUACUGACUUCUGCUCUCAGUAUGCCCCACAAGGUUUACCACGGAAAGACUGGUGUCGUCUACAACGUUACCAAGAGCGCCGUUGGUGUCAUCAUCUACAAGAAGGUCAAGCACAGAUACAUUGAGAAGCGUGUCAACCUCCGUAUUGAGCACGUUUCCCUCUCCCGCUCAAGAGAGGAGUUCGUCCGCAGAGUCAAGAAGAACGCCGAGUUGAAGAAGCAAUCGAAGGCCGACGGUACCCACGUUCACUUGAAGAGACAACCAGCCAUGCCAAGAGAAGCCAGAACCAUUUCGAUGAAGGAUAACGUACCCGAGACAAUUGUGCCAAUCGCAUAUGAGACGACUAUCUAAGCUUUGGGCUGGGGUUUGUUUGGGUUUCUUUGCGGGGUAUGAUUCAAUGAGGGUCAGAGGCUUCUAGCGUUGCAUGAUAUAAAAUAAAUAUAUGCAAUACCUUCAAGAAUCUGAUAGGUUUCCAAAAAGCGUCCGAUAUCAUGCAUGGUCAUGUGUUUGCAGCAAGAUUUUGGUGAACCAUGAAUAUUUCCAUUUCCAUCCCCUUUUCCUUCAUUCCUCACAUCGUUUCGGAGCCGUAUUUGUCACGCUUAGGUAGAAGGUUUCCCACUUCUUCGAAGCCCUCACAAGUGCUCCAAGAACAAGCCGAAUCGAGUUUUGUCGUUUUGAU